CUUUUCUCCGCGUUGCUGGAUGGGCAAUGCGUACAUAAGGGUCGGGAAACCCCGAUCCUGGUCUCAGAUGCGCGACAGCUCUAAGGGGCAUCUGUAUGUCUUAAUCGUCCAUUCCAGAAACCCUCAUCUCGGUGUCUCCUUCAAAAUUCCUUUGCGUCCAGAAGAAGCACUGCGCGCCGCAAAGGCCCCCCCCCUUUUUUUUGGUUCUCAUUGCCUACCUUAUCCUCCUUCCGUCCCUUACACAUCCCCGCCGGCCAGCCCGCUGCACGCGGGCCGUCCUAGCUGAAGCCAUGCGGUUCCUGAUCAUGCUCGCCGCUACGGCAGCCAUGACCGUCGGACUUGCCGCUGCCGCAUCGUCUUUCACACCGGCGAGACCACCGGCGGUCCCCCUAGCUGUGAGGUCGCCUUACCUGAACGCCUGGCUUCAAGGCGAGUCGGGGGACACCCUCCCUGGCGCCUGGCCCCGGCAUUGGACGGGGAGCAUUCUGGGCUGGCAAGGUCUCGUGGCCGUGGAUGGCGAGACUUACAACUGGAUGGGCGGGGCACCGGGCCCAGCCCUCGUGGACCAGGUCUCUCUCGAAUACACGUCGACCAAGAGCAUCUUCACCUUCGAUGUGGCCGGCAAAGUCACGCUGACCGUCACCUUUCUGUCGCCGGUGUACCCGGAUGACAUGGCGCGGCAGUCGCAGCAGUUAUCCUACAUCUCUGCCAAGGCCAAGUCCUCUGACGGCAAUUCUCACAAAGUCCAGAUCUACAUGGAUGUCUCUGGUGAAUGGGCUAGCGGAGACACUUCCCAAGUCGUUGAGUGGGACAACGCCAGGUCUGGCAAGAUAGUCUACCACAAGUUUUUUCGCCAAACACAGGAAGAGUUCAAAGAAGCGGGUGAGAUUGCCAGCUGGGGCAAUUGGUACCUGGCCACCAGUGCCGAUGACGGCUUGACCUGGCAAAUCGGUGCCGACACAGCGGUGCGAGGCCAAUUUGCGGACCACAGGGUCUUGUCAAACGCCAAAGAGUCCAACUUCAGGCCGGUGAACGAUCAAUGGCCAGUAUUUGCCUUCUCCCACGAUCUGGGCGACGUGGAAGCAUCCGAAGUGGAGCGUGUCUUUACCCUCGGUCUGAUCCAGGACCAGGUCAUCAACUUCGCCGGCAAGAGCGGCCAGUUGGAGGCGGUACCAGGCCUCUGGUCAUCCUAUUACAAGGACCAAGUCUCGGCGCUCGUCGCGUUCUACGACGACUACCAGCACGCCAUCGAAGCAUCCGCCGCCCUCGAUGAGCGGAUCCGGCGCGACUCGGAGGCUGCUGCCGGAGCCGACUACGCCAUUGUCACCACGCUCGCCGUCCGCCAGACUUUUGGCGCGCUCCAGUACGCGGGCACCGCCUCCAAGCCGUACAUCUUCUUGAAGGAAAUCAGCUCCAACAGCGACAUCCAGACCGUCGACGUCAUCUUCCCCGCGUACCCCAUCUUCAUGUAUCUCAACGCCAGCCUCGGGAGGUACCUGCUCGACCCGCUGUUCGAGAACCAGGAGAGCGGGGCGUAUCCCAACAAGUAUGCCGAGCAUGACCUCGGGACCUUCCCGGUAGCUAGGGGCUACCCCGACGGAAACGACGAGCCGAUGCCCUUGGAGGAGUGCGGCAACAUGAUCAUCAUGACCCUGGCCUACGCCCAGCGCACUGGCGACACUGCCUACCUCUCGGACCACUACCCGAUCCUGUCGCAAUGGGCCGAGUUCUUGAUAGAAGAGUCUCUCAUUCCGGCUAAUCAGCUGAGCACCGAUGAUUUUGCGGGAACUCUGGCCAACCAGACCAACCUGGCCAUAAAGGGCAUCAUCGGUCUCAAGGCCAUGUCCCAGAUUGCCCAGUUGACAAACAACGAGGACAAAUAUGGGGAGGUAGCCGACAGGUACCUGAAGGGCUGGAAAGAUCUGGGCAUCAACACCAAGGCAGAUCCACCGCACACGACCCUCAGCUACGGAGAUGACGACAGCCACGGCCUUCUCUACAACAUCUACGCCGACAAGCUGCUCGACCUCCACUUCGUCGACCAGUCCGUCUUCGACAUGCAGAGCGAGUUCUACCCGACGGUCGCAAGCGACUACGGCGUCGCCCUCGACACCCGGCACACCUGGACCAAGAGCGACUGGGAGAUGUUUGUGGCCGCCGUGUCCAGCCGGUCGACGCGGGACAUGUUCAUCUCCAAGCUGGCCCGGUGGGUGGGGACGACAUCGUCCAACCGGGCCAUGACGGACCUGUACGACUCGGUGACGGGCGGCUACCCCCAGAACGGGCCGACCUUCGUUGCGCGGCCCGUGGUGGGGGGUAUGUUUGCUCUCCUGGCCUUGAAUCGCGAGUAGGUACCUUAGGGUGCUGGGUGCGGUCUCGAAGGCGUCGCUCGCCGCCCUGCACCGUCGGGCCUUGGGCUUGGUUAUUUUAUCAUCAUCAUU